AUGAAUGGGGUUGCUUUAGUUUAUAUGUUAAUCAAGGGUCAGUUUCCUUGUAUGGCAAAACAAUGCCUAUCUCACACAAAAAAAAAGAUAUUUCUUGUGAUUUGCUAACCAAAAGCCAAGAAUAAAGACACAACUAACUUUGGCCUUCGGCUCUAACUUUGCAUUGCUUUCUUCAUCCAUAAAGUGUUAGUUAGACACUGAAUGUGACUGCGAGUUAUGAAUCAUGGGCUGAGAGAAACACAUAGGUGGUGGGUCACUUCUCUCCAGAUUUAUGUUUGGGCCUAGGCUAUAAAAAACAAGUACAAAACUGGUCAAACAUUGUUCGAAACUUAACAAUCUUUGGGUCAAAAUGAUCUUCAAGGGCUGAACUUUCAAGCCUAACAUAAAACAUGGGAAUGAUUCCUAGAGAGAAAGCAUCAAACUUCAAUAGCUGCUGUUAAUGUAUAAGGUUUGCAUCUUUCUUGUUUGUAACUGCUAAGAAAGUUAUGUGUUUUGACUUUGGAUUAUUAUAUACAAAGAUUCUUCCUUUGGAUUCGGAUAUUCGUGUAUAAGUUGCUAAUAAACAAUGAACAAAGUACGUUGACCCAUACACAAUUUCAAAUUCUUGACCAAGAUAAACUAUUUUUCUAAGCUUGGAUGAUGCAAAUUUAGUUAAAGAAAUAGUUUCCAAACACAUACGUGUUGAUAAAACUUGUAAUAUGGAACUUGUCAUGCUAUGUAAAAAGUACAAUGUCUUGAAAACUUCAGGUUUCCACAAAACUCACACGGCAAAAAAAUAAUCAAGUGGUACAUUCCACAAAACACAUGUAAGAUUGCAUAUAAAUUUAAAGGAAAGUCAGAAGGUUUGAAGCAACCAAGAGGUAAAAAGUCAACGAGAAGAAGAAGAUGAACAAUGAGAUAGAAGAGGAGGGAGAAGAAGAUGGAAGGAGAGGAGGGCUGGAGACGGUGAGAGAGAUUCAGUUUGAAGGGAGCAACAGUGGAACAGUGUCCAUGAACGGAGAGGACAACGUUUAUGUUGGAGUUGGUAAAGGAGACUCUAGCAUGGAGGCAUUGCGUUGGGCUCUUGACAAUCUCAUCACUUCUACUUCUACUCUUCUUUACCUCAUCCAUGUCUUUCCUGAGACUCGCUCCAUCCCUUAUCCUUGUCUGUAUAUGUUCUCCUCUUAUCUUGUGAUGAAACCAACUGUGUGUUUGAACUCAAGUGUAUGUAUGUAUGAUCUUUGUGUAGUGGGGAGGCUGACGAGGGAGCAAGCGAGUCAAGAACAACUUGAAACCUUUAUGUCUCAGGAAAGAGAGAAGAGAAGAACUCUGUUGAACAAGUUCAUUCAUGCCUGCUCUGCUUCUAAGGUGAAGGUGGAGACAAUACUGGUGGAGAGUGACUCGGUGGCAAAGGCUUUACAAGACCUCAUCACUAUUCUUCACAUUAAAAAGCUUGUUCUUGGGAUCGACAAGCCUAAUGCAAGGAAAGCAAAUUCGACAAGAGGAAACAGUGUUCCUGAACAGAUAAUGAGGAGCACUGCAGCAGAACUGUGCGAGGUUAAGGUGAUAUGCCAAGGAAAAGAGAUAAAGAUGGAGGAGACAGUGAUGGAGAGAGUCCCCUCCAAGUCCCCAAAAGUGCAGGAGAGAACUCCCUCCAAGUCUCCAAAACAGCAGCGGCUGAAGAAGGAUCAAUCCAAUGACCCUUUUGCUUGCAUUUGCUUUUUCAGUAAGCCCAAAACUAACAGUUAAUGGAAUGAGAGACAACCGAAGAUUAUAUAUUUGUUAUGGUUUGAGUUUGGUUGAAUAGAAGGAACACAAAUUAACUCUGAUAAAUACUAAUUGAGUUAACUAAAGCAGCUUAUGCAUAAAGAAAACAAACAUGCAAUUUCAUAGCAAUCUAUGAAGAGAAAAAUAACACUUGAUCAUGAAGAGAGAGUAAUUCUUUUUCUUCUUCUUCUUCGACGGACUGACGGCGGGAGCUGAUUCAGUCAACCCUUCCGUCGAGGCAUCGGCCGUAGGAACGUCUGUCUUUUCAACCAGCGGAUCCGUAACCUCAAUGUCUUCCCCGUCAACCGCCACUUCCUCGGCAGGUUCGGCGUCCUCUCCCUCGAACGCAGACAUGGAACUGAAGCUCUCGCCUCCAAGUUGGGCACGCAAAAUCUCGUUAUAACUCGGAUAUACUUUUGGAAUGUUCCCCAUGACUGGAAGUUUUAUCCUUUUCC